GACGCCACAGUCAUCGACGUCACGUCGUAUCGUUUUGUCAAGCAGGUGACCGCGGAUGUGUGUCAAUUGUCGCACCGGUUGCGUCCUCGCGUUAGCUGCACUGGAUGGUUGUAGUUGCGUAGAUAAUGUAUACGAUUAUCUAUGAAAAUAGUAAUAACUACAACAACUACUGACAUGACGACGUCGACGAUAAUAUCACAGAAUAGAUAAAUCUAUCGUAGUAUUAUCUAUUUAUUCGUGAUUUUAACACACUACUAACUCAUGCGGUGCCGCCCUCCCGAAAAUACCAAUAGCAUUUUUUAAAUUUUUCACGCGAUAACGAUAAAUAACAAAUUAAUCUGAAAUAGUGAAAUCAGUGAAUCACUAUAAUCAGUGACUCAGUCUCAGACCUCCAUAGGCUUCGAGUAGGUGUCCACUGCCGUAGUUUGUAGACUACGGUGAUCUGGUGACUAGUAACAUCGAUAUCGUUGUGCGUACUGCGUUCCGAUUGCCAAGUUUUUAUUAUUAGAAUAUUGUAAGUGUCAAAAAAUUAAAAUGUAUUCCAAUCAAAAUGCAGCACCAGCACCACCAGGAUUUUCUCAAUAUCCGCCACAUAACCAAUAUCCACCACCACAAAACCAAUAUCCACCACCACAAAAUCAAUAUCCACCAACUGGUAAUACACAUCAAUAUCCACCAGUUGGUAAUCAAAGUCAACCUUAUCAACAUGACCAAUAUAAUAUGUAUCAACAUCAACAACAAAUGCCGGCACAACAAAAUCAAGGAUAUGCUUUAGUUCAAAAUCCAAACUACCCACCUCCAUAUUCACAGCCGGGUUAUGGACAAGUUAUUCAGCAUCAACCCGGUGCUUAUCAACCAUCUCCUCAAGUUGUAGCUGAUGGUUGGAUGCCUAUUCCUCAAUCUAUACCACAAAACUGUCCAAAUGGACUUCAGUAUCUUUCAACAAUUAAUCAGUUACUUGUUAAACAACAAGUGGAAGUUUUAGAAGCCUUAUUGGGGUUUGAGACCAAUAACAAGUAUACUAUUAAAAAUAGCGCUGGUCAAAAAGUGUUUUAUGCUGUUGAAGAUAAUGAUUGUUGUACUCGGAAUUGCUGCGGGCCAAUACGACCGUUUGAAAUGAAAAUUUUGGAUAACUAUAAAAAUGAAAUUAUCCAUUUAUCGAGGCCUUUAGCAUGCCAAUCCUGCUUUUUUCCUUGUUGUUUACAGAGAAUUGAAGUAUUUUCCCCACCUGGGUGUUUGGUUGGGAUCGUUGAACAAGAUUGGUCAAUUUUAACACCAAUAUUUACUAUCCGUAAUGCAGCUAAUGAAGAAGUAUUAAAAAUCGAAGGACCGAUAUGUCGAUAUAGUAUGUGUGGAGGAGAUGUUGAAUUUAAAAUAUUAUCUAAAGACAAAACCACUGUAGUUGGCCGUAUAUCUAAACAAUGGUCUGGGCUUUUAAGAGAAGUAUUUACUGAUGCUGAUUUCUUUGGUAUAACUUUUCCUAUGGAUCUUGAUGUCCGUAUGAAAGCUGUUAUGCUAGGAGCUUGUUUUUUGAUAGAUGUUAUGUUUUAUGAGAAGCGAGGAAAUGCAGAAAGUGAUGGUAUUGGGCUUUGUUAACUUUGUUAUCUUCUACCGUAUAAUUAUUAUAUUAUGUAUACAUAAGUUAUAACUUUAUAAUCAAAACAAAUGUGUGCAGUUAUGUGCAUUUAUAUUUUAUUUUCUUUAAGAAUAACUAAAUUUAAAAUCUUAAACUUCAAUUUUUACUUUAAAAAUAUAUAUAUAUAUUAUUUUUACAUAUUAUAUUAUAGUUUUUGAAAUACAAUUUUUAAAUAUUCAUAGUUCAAUUCUUUAAUUUCAUAUUUGUUUCUUGUUUCACCCCAAAAUUUGAAUAAUACAAAUAUUACUCUAUGCCAUGUAAAAAAAAUUUCAAUGUUUGUCCAGUUAAAUUAGAAAAAACCCCUAGAUUAAAGCUGUUUUCAAUGUUAAUGCACUCAGUGCGUGUUAGCCAUACCCAUUACUUUAAUUAUGCGUAGAAGCUCAAUUCCUUAAAUUAUUCCUAGUAUUCUAUCAAUGAGAAAGAGCAGGGAUGGCCAACUUUAAUAGAUUUGACAUCGACCUCUGAGAUUUUCUAAGUUGUCACAAUCGACCAAAAGAAAAAAAAUGUUGUCAAUAAACAAAAAAUAUAUUAUAUAUAUACAUGUGUGUUUGAUAUUUCUGUGUAUAAUCUCGUUUUUCAUAGUUAUCUAUUGAUUUUUUCUAAAUAUAAUUUACAAAAAAAAAAUAUUUUAAUUAUUUUCUGAAAAAAAUUCAAAAAUUCAAGAAAAUGCGAAAGGUUGUCGCGAUUGAUUCUAAUUCAUCUUGUGAUCGACCGGUCGAUCACGAUUGACUGGUUGGCCACUCCUGAGUACAUACAAAGCUAGCUAAUUAUGAAUUCAAAAUUUAAAAGUAAAUUUAGUAGUUUUAUUUUUUUAGAAUUUGACAAAUACAUAAUUCCAGAUUUAUUUUCAAUUUUUCUUAUUAUAUUAUUUAAUUUUGAUAAAAAUAUUAACUCUUCCGUGCGAAUUCUAUGGCUUUGUUUAUAAACAAAUGUUUAAUACUUAUUAAUUAUAACUAACGAAUUUAAAACUAUAUACUUAACUGACUUUUAAUUAAACUUAAUUACCUUUUUGUAAAUAUUAAGAAAAGUUUAUAAUUUAUUAUUUUACUAAUAUUAAAAAUACUAUUUUAUUUUUGUUAUAUUAAACAUUUUUGAAAUUUUUACAAAACAGUUGCAUAUUUAUAUUUUGUUUAUUAAUUUAUUUUAGUAUUUAUAAGGUGAAUGUUUUUCUUCAUUAUUCAAAUUAUAAUAUAUAAAUGUAUAUAGUCCAUCUAUGUAAGAGUACUUUUUAUAGUAACAUGCCCUCAUCAGAUUUGACCACAUAACAUAUUAUGUCCCCUUCUACUAUUUUAAAACUGUCUGCUGUCAUAUGAAUACUAUCGUUUUUAACUGUAGUAAGUUAUUAUCUGUUAUAAUUACAUUUCAGUAUGUUUCUUUAAUUAAAAUAUAUAAACUUGUGCUCUAUGGUUUUCUAUUUAAUGAUUCAACAUUGCAAUAAAACAUUUGAGCAACAGCAAUAUACCCACCAAACAACCAUCUUGCAUAUAAUGUACUGCUAAGGAGUACUCUUACGUAAAUGUAUUAUACUACAUAUGUAUGCUUAUUUGUUAUAAUAACAUAUAACUAUUUUAGCUAUAACUGAGAUUGAUUAUUUAUGAUAUUUCAGUAAAUACUAGUCAAUAUUGUUUAUCAA